CAAUGUGAAGUUUAUGUUUAUUUAUAGAUGAAAGUGUAUUAAGGCAAAUUAAGGAAUAAAUAUUCUUUAAAAGAAAAAUAUUCUGAAAAAUUUUUUGAAGUGAUUAAAUAAUUGAUUAGAAUUUCUAAUCAAGGAAAAAAGAAAACAAAGAAUCAUUAAAAGCCUACACAAUGAGUAAUAUAUCUUUAAACAAUAAACGAUUGCAACGCGCAUCUGAUAACAAGAGAAGUAAACUUGAAAUUUUCUCUUAUCACGUAUCGACAUACAUUGGAAACUUCUUUUACAAAUUAGGCUUAUGUGUCGCUGAAAAUCCCUACAAAACAAUUACGUUUUCAUUUAUCUUCGUAUUGAUAAGCUGCAUAGGAUUUUUAAAUUUCUUUCAAGAACGCGAUCCACUUAAACUUUGGGUUCCUGAAAACUCUCAGUUUCUUAAAGAUACAAAAUUCAUAAUAAAUAACUUCGGUCAAGGCAUAAGAGCACAAAGCGUAUUGAUUGUCGCUGAUGAUGUUCUGAGGCCAGAAGUCAUUCAAAAACUCGCAGUUAUUAACAAAGAGUUCAAUGAAAUUGAAGUGAAGGGAGAAGACGGAAAAGAUUUCAACUUUGAGGAAAUUUGCUUCAAAAUUCCUUUAAUAGCUGCUUUCACAGUAGGCGAUAGUGAUGAUAGAAGAAGAAAACGUGAUGUGUUUGAUGACGAUUUCUUCAAAGACGACGACGAUGAUUCAGAAUCUAAAAAGAAACUUAAGAAAAUACUCGAACCACUUCUAAACAUAGACAUGAAGCAAUAUUGUGCAAUAGUCGAUAGCUUGCCAUUAGGAUGUAUGCGUGAAAGUGUUCUUGAAUUGUGGAAGACAAAUUAUGAGAAAAUUGGGAAUCUCACAAAGCAACAAAUUAUUGAAAAGUUAAACGAAACCGACAUCAGUCCGGAAACUGGACACAAUGCAAAAUUUUUAUCACUUUUGGGUGGAACUGAAACAAACAGCAGUGGCUACAUCACAUCAGCAAAAUCUCUUUUGACUUCGUGGAUGCUUCAUUUAAACUUUUCCGAUGUUGAUUCAACAAAAUUGGGUAACAUUGCGGGAACUGAAGAUUGGGCUUCAUACAACUCUCUGGCAUUUGAAGCGAAGUAUCUUGAAAUUAUGCAGCGACUUCAGAAGGAUCUCGAAACUGAUGAUAUUAAAAUUUAUUACUCAGCUGGUCGAAGUUUUGGCGACAUUUCAUCAAAAACUCUCUUCCAAGACAUGGAUAAAAUUUUUCUCGGAGCUUUUCUCAUGAUGAUUUACAUGAUUUUUGUUUUAUCGCGAUUCAGUUGGACGGAAAUUCGCUUCACAUUAACAUCAGCUGGAUUAUUGAACGUCGGAAUGGCUUAUGUGAGUGGCUGUGGCAUAUCAUCAGUCUUUCUUUUCUACAGUCCCGUUCAUACAUCACUUUUCUUCAUUAUUUUGGGAUUGGGCGUUGAUGACAUCUUUGUGAUAAUGGCAGCGAUGAGAAAAGUUAAAAGUGAAUCACCCGAAAUGAAACUAACAGAGAGAAUUGGAAAAACUUUAGAGAAAGCUGGUGCAUCCAUUACAAUAACAAGUUUAACUGACAUCAUCGCUUUUCUCGUUGGUGGAACGACUGUUUUGCCAAGUUUGAAAUCGUUUUGCAUUUUUGCCGCUCUCAGCAUUCUCAUGACUUACGUUUAUGUCGUGACAUUCUUUGUCGCUGUUUUGACGUUAGAUGAGAAGAGACUUGCCAGGAAUAGAAAUGGAAUUGUGCCAUGCAUCAGUAAUAAAGAAGCGAAAAUUUGGUGCGAACCUAAAUUAAUGCCACGAUUCAUCCACUUUUUGUAUUCAAAGUUUAUUCUGAAGAAAGUUGGGAAAGUGAUCGUCAUUGUUGCUGCCAUUUGUCUCUCAGCAUUUAGCAUCGAUCGAGUGCUUCAAAUGAAGCAAAAAUUUGAUCCAAUUUGGUUUAUUCCAUCUUCAUCUUAUUUCUUUCAAUAUGACAUGGCACAUCGUCACUUUUAUCCCAAUCGUGGAUUCUCAGCUGGCGUCUACAUGGGACAACUCAACUAUACAUCCGAACUACCGAAAAUUAUUGCAAUGUCAAAUGAGAUUGAGAAUCAAACACAAAUUCUAGAUCAGUUCUCAUCAUGGACGGAAACUUUUCGAGAAUAUGUUGAAGAAUUUUACAAAAUUGACAUCACAAAGGAAAUUUUGACAGACGCACAAUUCAAAUUAUAUAUCUCAAAGUUUUUGUUUAGUUCAUUUGGAGGUCAGUUUCAAGCAAAUUUUAACUUUGACAAGGCUUUGGUGUGCGGUCAACCAGCUGGGGAAAUUAAAAUCUCAUCAAUAACUUUUAACUUCCACAAGUUUGACAACCGCGAGGAAUAUUUGCCAGCAAAAAGACUUAUUGAAAACAUUAUCAGAAAAGCAAACAUCACAACGGAACCGGAAAAUAUUUUUCUUUGGGGUAAAAUCUUCGGCACUUGGAUUACCGAUGAGAUAAUUGACGAAGAAAUAUUCAGAAAUAUUUCACUCGCUUUAGUUGGAGUUUUUGUUUGUACAACAAUUAUGAUUGUAAAUCUUCAGGUCUGCGCUUACAUUUUCUUCUGCGUUCUUUUGAGUUUGGUUUCUGUUGGAGGUUUUAUGCAAAUGUGGGGAUUAAGUCUUGAUCUAAUCACAUGUAUUUCACUUCAAUUGUCUGUUGGACUAUGCAUUGAUUGCGCAGCUCACAUUGGCCAUACAUUCUUAACGAUCUCAGAAGGAGAUGGAAAUCAUCGAGCAUUGAAAACAGUUGAGAUAAUCGGUGCUGCUGUGUGGCAAGGAGGUGGAUCGACAUUGCUUGCUGUAUCUCUUUUGUCAUUCUCUGAUGCUUACACGUUUAGAACAUUUUUCAAAGUAUUCACGAUUGUCGUGAUUUUUGCAUUGUUUUAUGGGACAUUUUUAUUACCAGUUAUAUUAAGUAUUUUCAGUCCUAAACCGUACGAUAUUAAAAAUACUAAUAGAGGCUUUAGCGGGAAAGAAACGGAACUAUGUGACAUAUCGAGAGUUGAAGAACACGAGUUUUUGAAAGCAAAAAACGGGGAAAUGUUGAACUGUGAUAUUAACGAAAAUGAUAAACUUAAUGGCAAUCCAAAAUAAGUAGAAAAAUAACAAAUUAAUUAAUUAUUUAGAUACAAUUGUAAUCUUAAUUAGUACAAUAGAAAAAUAUUUGCACAAAUACAGACAAAUAAACUUUUUUUCUUCGUGUUAUAAGAAAUGAAACCGUUUGAAGUAUUUCACUG